AUGAAUGGGAUGAGCAGGAUGCCAUUUCAUUACAUUUUGUUGUAUAUGCUCAAGAUCAACCGAUUGCUACAGCGCGGUUAUUGGAAAAUAACAGUAUUGGUCGAGUUGCUGUGUUGCAACAAUAUCGAGGUGAGGGGAUUGGGUGCUCAGCGUUUUAUCAGUUCCUCGGGUGGCAAUGCAGGCUUAGCUGUUGCUUAUACAGGUCGACAACUGGGUGUUCCGGUGACCGUCGUGGUUCCUGAAACCACAGCACAACCAACGAUUCCGCUUAAACAAUUCAUUGGUAGCCAAGUGGCCAUUGAUCAAGUCACAGAUCAUGGACAACUGUUUCGUAGCACUGGGGUGAUUACUGAAGCGGCACAAGGGCAAAGUGAUGGCGCACUAACGUUAUAUAAACUCAAACUCGAAGAUGCGACUUCACUGUGGCAUAAGCGCCGUAACAGCCGAGUGUUUAUGAAUAAGUCGAUUGUGCAAGUCAUAGAAACGCUGUUUAAAGAAUGGCAAGACAAAAGCCCACUCUUUGCAUCGAGUCUAAGCCUCGAUAAAAGUGGUCUUAAAAAAGAUUACGAUAUUCGACCAUUCAUUAUGCAGAGUAACGAAAGCGACUAUGCAUUUUUAAGCCGCUUGAUGCGCAGUGAAGGGAUCAACUGGCUGAUUGAUGAAGCGCAAUUGAUUGUGCCUAGUUCUGCGACUCAAAUUCAGCCGCAAAAACUGCGUUUGGUGGAUGAUAACAGCGAAUACAAAGCGCUAGAACGAAGAAAGAUCCGCUUCCAUCGUAGCAGUGCCACAGAACAACAAGACAGCAUCACCAGCUUUAUUGGGCAACGUAGCUUACAACCCACUGCUGUCCACGUACAACGCUGGCAAGCAGAUGUGUUAGAGCAAGAAGAGGGUGCAGGCAGUGUUCAAAGCAAACACCAACAUAGUCAAAACCAGAAUAAUGCCAGUCUCGGUUUAGAACAAGCUUGGCAUAUCAGCCCAGCAUGGAUUCAAGACCUAAAUGGUGAAGAUCAAGCAACUGCCUCAAAUAACAAUCAAAUUGAAAAGAUCAACCAAAACCUCAGCCAUUAUUACGAUGCUCAAUCUAAACAAUUCGUUGCCAACUCCACUGUACGUGAUGCGCAAGUAGGCUACUGGUUUGAGCUAAACGAACACCCAGAAAUAGACCAACACAGUGGCUCAGACAAAGAGUUUCUGAUCACGUCAAAGACAUUCUAUAACCAGAACAACUUACCCAAAGAUCUGAAUGAACAAAUCAAUCGCUUGCUCCAACAGAGCAAUUGGGUCAAUUCAAAUGUAGACUCAAAUAACCCAGAGCGCCAAGCCAAUCAAUUGGUACUACAACGCCGUAAUAUCACCACUGUUCCUGAAUACCACCCACUACAACACCGUCCAAGUACCCAUCCACAACGAGCCAAAGUGGUUGGGCCAAGUGGAGAAGAAAUUCAUGUGGAUGAAUGGGGACGUAUUAAAGUUCGCUUCCUAUUUACUCGCAAUGAAGAUCAUAGUCAUGAUGGUGGUGCAGGGAGCAAUGACAACGACACCGAUUCCGCUUGGGUGGAUGUACUGACCCCGUGGGCAGGUGAAGGCUAUGGUGCACGGUUCUUACCGAGGAUUGGUGAGAUUGUGGUGAUAGAUUUCUUUGAUGGCAAUAUUGACCGACCAUUUGUGGUGGGACGUAUCCAUGAAGCGCAACGGAGUCCAACUAAAUUUGAUGACAAAGGCCAAUUGCCUGAUACCAAAAAAUUAGCGGGGAUCAAAAGUCGAGAAGUUAAAGGCAGUGGCUAUGGCCAGCUUAGAUUUGACGAUACCACAGACCAAAUCAGCAGCCAGCUACAAAGUAGUCACGGUGCGAGUCAACUUAACCUUGAACAGACCAAUGGGGAGCAGUGCGUGCAGGACAGGGUCUACUACUCAGUACCUAUGCUCAAGAUUCAGCUUCAGGCAAUCACCUUGAUGCAAUAG